AGAAAAAAAAGAUCGAUUUCUAAAAAAAUAAUAUUAUUUAAUUUACUCAAGAAGCCGGCAACACACACAAUUGAACAGGUUGCAAAGAUUAUAUUGCUGUACAGCUAGCUAAACAGUGAAGCCCUCAAAGUUAUCCCUUUUUUUGUGCAUGCCACACACAUAACAAAAACAAAAACACACACAUAAACCACACAAAAAUUUGUGUCUUCUUCUUGCAUUUUGCUGCUUGCCCCGAACAUGUAUUUACGUUUUUUAUUGCGAAUUUCGUGAAUCACCAUCAGUGUUGAAGAAUUUACUGUAUAUCAUCAUACCGAGGCUUCGGCUUCUUUGCUAUUCAAUUUAGAUUAUGCACUUUUAGUUUCCAUUUAACGCUCAAAUCGAGAUCAGUUUUCGUUUUCACAUCGACAAGACAUUUCAAACAUACAGCAUGUAUAGAAAUCUGGCAAAUAUCAUUUCAAUAUUUAUUAUUGUGUUAUUCACGCGAAAAAAUUUACAUAUAGUUGCCUCAGACCAAUUUUGCAUCUUUCCAAUGGAGCUACAAGGAGAAUAUAGAAUACAAAAUGCUGCUCUAAAUGGAAAUAAUAGACUUCAAUAUAGUAUAAUCAACAUAACAGAAGAAGACAUAUCACCAUAUGGAUUAUGUUACUCUCGUAAUGGAAGUAAUUUUAUUGUAAACUUAAGUAGUGAUGAUGAUAGAAUAGCUUGCUAUCGGUGCUUCAAUCUUCAGAUGAUUUCAAAAAAUAUACUUCUCUUAAUUCACACUGAAAGUGACAUUAAUUCCAAAUGCUCGUCAUCAGCGGAAACCGUAAAAUGUCCACCCGAAAUAAGCUUAAAUGAUGAGAAAAAGUUUACAAAUGACUUUUAUUCAAUUAUUCUCUACAGAAUCGAGUCUCGUCAUCAUGAAUUUUGUCCAUUUGAUGGAGAAAUUAAAUUUGACUAUUACUUAAACAAUCAAAAGAUCUGUAGUGGAUUUAAAUCAACAAUUUCAAAUUGUCCAUCCAGCUCGUCAAUGAAUAUUCAUUUUCGUGACUGUAACACAGAUCUUCAACCGAUAACAUUUGAUUGCUUGGGAAAUUGGAAAAUGCAAAAUCAAAAUUUUCUUGCUGUGAUUGAGUCAUCGUCAAAUGAGACUGAACAAAAAUAUAAAUGUGGUACAUAUGAAUAUGAUAAUCAUGAUCAAACUCAACUAACAUUGAGAAUUAACAAUGACUGCAGCACAUUACCAAAAAGAAAUUCAGUUACAAAUCAACAAGUUUUUAAGAUUAAGAAAUCAUUAAAUUUUCUCGAAUCAAAUAGCUUUAAUGAACUUGAAAUUGCAUUUCCUGAUAACCUUCAGGGUGAUUGGCAAUACAUGACAAUAUCAAAGAACUUAUUAACCUACAGGGAUGAAAGCUCAUUAAAGACAUUCUACAUGUCCUUGGUGACAAUAUUAGAAAGUGAUAAGUAUAUCGUCCGAAGUCGUUCUCAAUGUGGCGAGGAGAACUAUAAAUGUAUAAUUAUAACUCAAUUACAUGACAAUGUUAUUGAGACUCAAAUCAGCUCAAAAACACUCAGUUCAUUUACAAAUUAUGAUGUUUGCAACAAUAAAUAUUUUAACAUGAAGGAAUGGGUAACACAAGCAAAAAUUGGAGAAAAUGUGACAAAGGAAAAGUGCCCCAUUUAUGGAAAAUAUUUCGGAAAGCUCCCUGAUGACAUGAAAUUAUGUUCAGUGAUAUCAUCAGAUUGCAAAAACCCUGAUAUAAUGUUUUAUCAAAUCGGCCCAUGUGAUUCGCAUGACAUUUAUGAGACUCGGGUAUACCGUUGCUUGGGUCAUUGGAUAGACAAAAAGAGCACAAAUGUAUACACAUUAACACAACGCGUUGACGUGGUUAAUACUUAUGAAUGUUUUGUUGGAUUAAUGACAAAUUCAGAUGACGGCAAAAACAUUUUCAUUCGAGAAGCAGGAGAGGAAGGAAAUUGUUACAAGUCAUUAGAUCCAUUCUCUUUCGGUAUGGAAAUGAAUCGAACAGAAACAUGUCCUUAUGAUAGACUCAAGAUAGGCACAGAUGAGAUAUUUGUGAGUCCAACGGCACAUGAUUCGUUCACAAAGUAUGAUGUGUUUGAUGAAUCGAAUGAUAUUGAUGGAAGAACUUCAACAAGAAGACCGAAAACAUCCAAAAAGCAGAAAAAGCGUCCUGAUGAGGAAAAUGACAUAGAUAAUAAUGUAAUAUCAUCAUCAACAACAGCCUCAAAAGCAUCAUCUGUAGCAACAACGUUGUAUUUAAGCGGAUUAAUUUUGAUGAUUCAUAAUUUACGCAACUUAAUAAUUGUCAAAUGUUUUUCAUGAUACAGAAUAAGUGAGAUGACAAUAAAUUAUGUUGUAAUAUAAUGAAAAGCAUUACAAGUUCAUUAAGAUACUCUUAUAAAUUAUAAGAAGAUGAAAACUCGUAGAUAAAAAUUUUAUUUCAGUUUAAAAUUGUUAUUUUCUCGUGCUGCAAAAGUUUGUCAUACAGAGUAUAAAGUCAUUUGCCAUUUUCAUGUACUUAUGUCACAUAUAUUAAUAUACAUUCGUACACAUAUUUCACCCUAUCAAUUUACAAUCAUCAGAAAUGUUUAAAAAAAACGAAAAAGAGAUUUAAAAUCUGAAAAUGGUCAUAAAUCAGCAUACAGUAAUAAAUUUAAAUUUUACCAAAUGAUUCCUUUGGGUUCAUAAUAUGAAGUGUGCAAUUUUUAUGAUCAAUUUAUUUUUCGCUUCAAACUUUCCAUAAUAAAAAAGCAUGAAAACAUUUUUUUUUGUGCUGUAUAAAAACGGAUAUUUGUUGAUUUCCGAUUUGCAAGUCACAUAUCUUCAUUUCCGUUACGAAAUAUUGUAUGUGAUGAUGAAUCGAGGUGUCGAAUAUUGAGGAUUUCAUCAUAAAUCAGGGUGAGGAGAGCUAUAAAUUAACAUCAAUAGGCCUUCGUGACUUGGAAGAAAUUCUUUGCAUGAAUUUUAUCGAAAAAUAUUUUCUUUUUGAUAAGCACAAAAUUUUAUGCUGUUUAUGAAUUAUGUUGGUGUAAUGAGUUUAUGGAAUGUCUUGUUAUGGUUCAUGCGGUGCAAUUUUUUGGAUAAACUCUUUUUGUUUUGUUUAAAAUACUGCAGAAUUGCCAUAAAUUGUGGAAGAAAUUGCUUCAUUUUUCAGAAAUAUUUCAGGGCAGUUGGCACAAAGGAAGUGUUUUUACUCGUCCUGAUUUCAAAGUCUUUAGUGGUUCCUUAAAAAAAUCUCCUUAAAAAUCAAUUAUCACGGAUGAAAAGCUCUUAACCCAAUUAGAAACUAUUCUUAUAAAAUUAUGUAUGAAAUGUGCGGCACAUCAACAUUUUAUUCCCAAAUCCAUUCUUAUCUAAUUCCAAAAAUUUCACUCUUCAUGCUUACUUACUCAUUAAACAAUGAAAAAGAAUUGAGAAAACAAAUUUUAAAGAAAAUAAAAUUCAACUAAGCAGAUAAAGACAUAGAAAUAGUUUUUAACCAUUUAUUCCUCAAAAUAUGCUCACAUAUGCUACAGCAAACAUAUACAUUUUUCUCAUUUAACAAAUAAAAUAUUUUGACACAACUUCUCGUGUCACGUCCGAAGGAAAAACGUCUGCAAAGUAUUAGUUGUCUUCAAAAAUUCCAGAUUAGAUGAAAUAAAAAUGUUUUCUUCAUUGUUUCCUAUUUUCUAUAUUUAUAA